CAGAACCCAAUGUGAUUACGAAAAUGCUUGUUACGUUAUCGUUUGUGUAAGGUUAAAUCACUCGUGGUUAAACUUCGCAUUAAGGAGACAAACGGUGCUAAAAUGUCAGGCGAAGAAGAGGAGAGCGACAAGGGUUUUCGGCUGCUGGGGAUUCUAGAUGUCCAGAAAACUCCUUGCUCCAGAGAGGCCGUCCUGCACGGAGCUGGAGGCUCAGUAGCAGCUGGACUGCUGCACUUUCUGGCCACCAGUCGGGUGAAGAGGUCUUUUGAUGUGGGAUUUGCAGGUUUCAUGCUCACCACACUUGGAUCCUGGUUAUACUGCAGGAUGAGCAACGCUAAGCUUCGUGUACAACAGAGAAUAAUCCAGGACGGCAUCAAGAACAAAGUCGUGUACGAAGGGACCGUCCUGGAUCCCACCAAAAAACCACAAGAAGAAACGACAUCGGGCCCCUCAUGAUGCUCAGGUGCUGAAACUCUUCCUCCUCUUCCUCCUCCUCCUCUUCCUCCUCUGUCAGGGCUCGGAGGAGAUGAAAGGACUCUGUCAGCUGUCACUCUGUUGUUGAGUUUUCCAAAAGACUGACUUCUACUGCACAACUUUUUUUGUUUUGUUUCGUUGUUUGUUUUUUUUUCUUUGUUAACAGCAAACCGAAAACAUUCAAUCUCACAUUUCAUCCCGCCUUUAUGACUGAAGGA